CUGGCAAGGGCUGCCUGGUGGCUUCUCCACUGGGAAACCGAGGUCUAAAUGGAAAUGUGGGGCCAAGGUCUGUGUCUCUCAGCCCUAGGUUCCCCUCUGGUUCCACAGCAUCUAAAGGUCAGAAAAAAUAUGGCCCAAGCAGACCAGCGGAGGAGGAGAAGGCACAUGGGGAGAGGCCAUUGGGUUACCCAUUAACUCAGCCAAGAGUUGAAGGGCCGACGGGCAGGAGGCAGACUUGAAUCUCCUUUCUCUUCCUUGGCUUGGCCUGCUGCUUCAGGUCCACCCACAACUCCGAGAUGGCCUCUGGGCCUAUGCUCAGGGCUGUCCAAGGAGUGCUGCAGAGGGAGAUGGUGCGGGAGUUCCUGUCGGAGUUCAUGAGCACCUAUGUCAUGAUGGUGUUUGGCCUUGGAUCCGUGGCUCACAUGGUUCUAGGAGAUCAAAAGCUUGGAAGUUUCCUUGCUGUCAACUUGGGGUUCGGCUUUGGAGUUGCCAUGGGAGUGCAUGUGGGAGGUGGCAUCUCUGGGGCCCACAUGAACUCAGCGGUGACCUUCGCCAACUGUGCACUUGGCCGGCUGCCCUGGAUGAAGUUCCCUGUCUACGUGCUGGGUCAGUUCCUGGGCUCCUUCUUGGCGGCAGCCACCACCUACCUACUUUUCUACGGGGCCAUUGACCACUUUGCAGGCGGACGCCUGUUGGUGACCGGUCCCAGGUCCACCGCAAACAUUUUUGCUACCUAUCUCCCUGAACACAUGACGUUGUGGCGGGGCUUCCUGGAUGAGGUGUUCUUGACCGGGCUACUACAGCUGUGUAUCUUCGCCAUCACGGAUAAGGACAACAGUCCAGCCCUCAAGGGGACAGAAGCCAUGGUGAUAGGCAUCCUUGUUUCUGUUAUCGGGGUGUCCCUAGGCAUGAACUCCGGAUACGCGAUCAACCCAUCCCGUGACCUGCCUCCCCGAUUCUUCACUUUCAUUGCUGGCUGGGGCAAACAAGUGUUCAGUGCUGGGAACAACUGGUGGUGGGUGCCGGUGGUGGCACCCAUCUUGGGUGCCUACAUAGGUGGCGUCGUGUACCUGAGCUUAAUUCACCUCAGCAUACCACAGGAGCCUCCUCAGAGACUGGAGAAUUAUGUAACAGAACAGAAGAUAACCGUAUCACCCAAUGAACUCCUAAGCCCCCUCUCUUCUACCCCAGCUCCCGCCCAAUCUGUCCCACCCCUGUGUGGCUCUGUACCUCUAGAGCGCUUCUAAUCAGAGCAAGCUUAUCUGUAACCACAAUCCUACUGCAAUAAAAUGCACCUCACACCCA